AUGACAGUGAAUGAAAACUCCAGUGAUCGUGAUGAAACGGAAUUUGUAGAAAAUUCCAAUGGAAAGGUUUUGCAAGUUGCGGCUAACACCCGUCGAAGUGCACUUCUAUCUCAAACAUCGGACGAGAAAGAUGUAAAGAUUCGGGAAUUGACAGCAGAGUUGCAGAGGGAGAGAAAACGAUCUGCAGCUCUUCAAGAUCAGCUCAAGAGUGUUCUAAAAGACAUGGAAGAGCAUUCAAAACACCUCUCAAGAAAUAUCGAUGACAUUGUUCUAAGUGUUAAAGAAAUCGAAUCAAGGAGAGCAGUCUUUUCAAAUAGCCAAUAG